CGCAGUCUAUGACAGUACGUCAGCAGCGGGAUGGCCGUAGCUGUGGCGGCGGCUGCAGGAGCCCGAGCAGCCGCGGCCGCAGUGGAGGCUAGAGCCGGAGCGGCGUCGGCGGUGGCACCCCGGGGAGUUUAAGAUGGCGGCAGGGGGGGCGGCGGGCCUGCGGGAGGAGCAGCGCUAUGGGCUGUCGUGCGGGCGGCUAGGGCAGGACAACAUCACCGUCCUGCAUGUGAAGCUCACCGAGACGGCGAUCCGGGCGCUCGAGACUUACCAGAGCCACAAGAAUUUAAUUCCUUUUCGACCUUCCAUUCAGUUCCAAGGGCUCCAAGGGCUUGUCAAAAUUCCCAAAAGUGAUCCCCUCAACGAAGUACAUAACUUUAACUUCUAUUUGUCAAAUGUGGGCAAAGAUAACCCUCAAGGCAGCUUUGACUGCAUCCAGCAAACAUUCUCCAGCUCCGGAGCCUCUCAGCUCAAUUGCCUGGGAUUUAUACAAGAUAAAAUUACAGUGUGUGCAACAAACGACUCCUAUCAGAUGACACGAGAAAGAAUGACCCAGGCCGAAGAAGAAUCUCGCAAUCGAAGCACAAAAGUUAUCAAACCCGGUGGACCAUAUGUAGGGAAAAGAGUGCAGAUCCGGAAAGCACCUCAAGCUGUGUUGGAUGCAGUGCCUGAGAGGAAAAGGUCAACCCCCAUGAACCCUGCAAAUACAAUUCGAAAGACACACGGCGGCAGCAGUGUUUCUCAGCGGCCAUAUAGGGACAGAGUGAUUCACUUACUGGCGCUGAAGGCCUACAAGAAACCCGAGCUGCUUGCUCGACUCCAGAAAGAUGGUGUGAAUCAAAAAGACAAGAACUCCCUGGGAGCAAUUCUGCAACAGGUAGCCAAUCUAAAUCCUAAGGACCUCUCCUAUACAUUAAAGGAUUAUGUAUAUAAGGAACUUCAAAGAGACUGGCCAGGAUACAAUGAAGCAGAUAGACGGUCAUUGGAGUCAGUGCUCUCUAGAAAACUAAAUGCAUCUCAGAAUGCUGCUGGCACCAGCCGUUCCGAAUCUCCUGUAUGUUCUAGCAGAGACACUGCAUCCUCUCCUCAGAAACGGCCUUUGGAUUCAGAUUUCAUUGAUCCUUUAAUGAAUAAAAAGGCUCGGAUAUCUCACCUGACAAAUAGAGUACCUCCAACAUUAAAUGGUCAAUUGAAUUCCACCAGUGACAAAUCUGCUGCAGGCCUCCCGCCGCCCCCUGCAGCUGCUGCCAUCCCCACGCCCCCACCGCUGCCUUCUACGCACCUGCCCGUCUCAAAUCCCCCUCAGACUGUCAAUUCCAACUCCAAUUCCCCUAGCACUCCAGAAGGCCGGGGGACUCAAGACCUACCUGUUGACAGUUUUAGUCAAGAUGGUAGCAUCUAUGAGGACCAGCAAGACAAAUAUACCUCGAGGACUUCUCUGGAACCAUUACCCCCCGGUUCAGUUCUACUAAAGUGUCCAAAGCCUAUGGAAGAAAACCAUUCAAUGUCUCACAAAAAGUCCAAAAAGAAGUCUAAAAAACACAAGGAAAAGGACCAAAUAAAGAAGCAUGACAUUGAAACUAUUGAAGAAAAAGAGGAAGAUCUUCAAAGAGAAGCAAUUGCCAAGCUAAAUAACUCCAGUCCGAAUUCCAGUGAAGGAAUUAAAGAGGACUGCACUGCCUCCGUGGAGCCUUCUUCUACAAUUGAACUCCCAGAUUAUUUGAUAAAAUAUAUUGCUAUUGUCUCCUAUGAGCAACGCCAGAAUUACAAGGAUGACUUCAAUGCAGAAUACGAUGAGUACAGGGCUUUGCAUGCCAGGAUGGAGACUGUAGCUAGAAGGUUUAUCAAACUGGAUGCUCAACGAAAACGCCUUUCUCCAGGCUCAAAAGAGUAUCAGCAUGUUCAUGAAGAAGUCUUACAGGAAUAUCAGAAGAUCAAGCAGUCUAGUCCCAAUUACCAUGAAGAAAAAUACAGAUGCGAGUAUCUCCAUAACAAGCUGGCUCACAUCAAGAGACUAAUAGGUGAAUUUGACCAACAGCAAGCGGAGUCAUGGCCCUAGAACUCUGCUUGCACCAGAAGAUGUGAAUAAACUUAAUCUUAUUUAUUUAAAAUUCCAAAUGAGUUGCUCUAGAUUCUAAAAAGAUGAAACUUUGCCUGUUGAAAGUUUCAGUAUUAGUAAACUUGAGUUUCCUUUUUAUUUCUAUUUUACUUUGCUUCCUUCCAUUUUGAAGCUGCUUUUUUCCUGGUCUUCCUCCCACUCCCAUCCCCUUCUCAAGACUUGUGUUUGUUAAUAGAAUCUUUCUUUCCUUUUUUUUUUUUUUUUUUUUUAGAUAUUGGGGAUCCAGUGUCUAUACUUCAAAUCAUUUUCCUUUUCCUUGAGAGCUUGUGUUUGUCAUUAGAAAUGACUUUUUUUAGAUAUUGGGGAUCCAAUGUCCACACUUCAAAGUUGUGUGUAUUAAACAACCACAGUAAUGUGCAAGGUGAAAUGCUUUCGGAUAAACAUAAGCCUAUUUUCUGACCUUUCUUAAUGCAAACUCUUUGCCUUAAAUGGUAGAAUAUUUAGAUAUUUGCACAAAAUACAAAAAAAAAUGAAAUAAAACAUUGUUUUGGAGGGUUAAAAUAUAGGAAGUUGUGGGAGUAUGUGUGUAGAUUUUUAUACACACACACACAUAUAUAUCUAUUGGCUGACUUGAUCUAGCAUAUUAAAUCUACCCUGCAAAUUAACCCCCCAUUGCAAUGGUUGCCUUAAGGUGUUUGUGAGUUGUGUACAUGGUGUGGUUAAUCAUUAGCUACACUGCUUCCCAAUGCGGAGAGACUGGGAAGCACCCUGUGGCCUACCAGCGUCUGUAACGUAUGCUCGACCUGUAUGUGUGCAAAGCUGAUGUGGAUGUUGAGUGUGCAUGAAGGAAAGAAGCUGCUACUCUCAGUAGGCCCGACACUCAGGUUAAACAACUAACGAGUGUUACUGGAGGGGUUUGUUUGUUGUUUUGUUUUUUUUUUCCUGUCAAAUUGCUACUUUCUUCUAUUUUGGAAGACAAAAGCAUUUCCAUUUCAACAGUUUGUCAGCUUUAUUAAUGUUGGGCAGAAAUUGAUAUAAAAAUGAAGCAGAUCUAUAGUUUUGGGGCAAAAUUAUAAAAUUAAAUGUGUAGGUAACCUAUUUAUAUACUGCUAUAAAGUAUUUUUUGAAGAGAGAGAUAUGAAAAGAAGCUAUUACCUACAUGAAAUGUAUAUUUAAAGAUUUUUUUCAUCCUGGAUGCCAGGAAUAUAAGAAAAAGCAGAUAUAUUUAACCAUAACAUACUGUGAUUCAUCAAACAGCACAAACUUUCAUUUCAUGGAGUUUUAUCUGUUGACGUUGAUUUAAACUAUCACUUGUUUUAUCAUGUGGGAACAUAAGUUAUGUGGUCAAAAAUAUAAGGAUUUUGAACUAAUGUUGAUUCAAGUUGUGUUGUCUUAUCGUAUUGUCUUUUCAAAGUGCUGCCAGUUGAAAAGGGAAGCAUUAUGUUUACAAAUCUGUUUUGAAAUGUUUGCCAAAAUUUUGGUAGUAUCUUUAAUAAAGAUGUUUGUCUCCAGCAUCCAAGAAAAUAAAUAAAUAACUUGUUGUGUAUCACUGUCAACCAGAAAAUGUUGAUAUCUAGAAAACAUGACAGAAUAUGUAGAUUAACUUUUCUCUUUGGAGUCGUUCUAAAACUUUAACUGGAGAGAUUCAAAAUACGUUACAAGUAUACAAAGGUAUGCACAUUAUGCAAGGACUGAAGUGACACUUUUACACUAUAGCUCUAAAAUAUUACUGUAUAUUUGAUUUCUAUGUAGCAUGAACCUCCUAGGGAAUUCUGUUUCUUUUAGCCUUGAGAUCCCUGGUGCUCUUCCUUUUACCUCAAAAUUGAUACAAUCAUUAAAGGUUAAUUUAUUUUAAUCUUUGAAAAAGAAAGAAAAGUCAGCCUACUGGAAGAUAAAUUUAGUCCUCAUGUUAUUAUUGUAGCGUGUCCUGAAGGGUUUGUCUGUAGGUAAUGGCCUCAUUGGUGUUACUUCUUGGAGUCUUGGCCUUUUAAAUCAAAGAUUGUGUGCUGCUAUUUGCUGUGAGCAAUAUUUCUCCAAAGCAAGGUUCUUGGACCACUCCCUUUACUAGAAUUAGAAUCUCUGGGUAGGGCCUAUGUACGUGCACUUUCACACAUUUUCCUCCUGUAGGUGACUUUUGCAAGCUAACAUAUGAGAACUAUUGGCUUGGACUCUAAACUUUUAAGACUCUUGAUUUUGAAAUCUUGACAUUUCAGCUUUUUCAGCUAACUCAGCUUUUUCUUUUGAAACCCACCCUGUCAGCAGGUACAAUUCACUCUGCCCUUCUUGAUGAUCUGAGGACACACCCUCUCGUUUCACUGCCAACUCUUAAUUCAGAACCUGUUUACAAACAGUUAAUCACUCCCCCUUGAAACUCCUGUCUACCAUGAUGCAGCAUAUCUUGUGGUUUACAGAUUGAGUAACAACGGAAACUGGAGAUGCUUGAUGGAAAUCCAGAAUUCUAUAGAAUUGACCACAUACCUGUAAAAUCCUUAAUUUGGAUGCCAUGGUAUUACAUUGGACAGAUCCUUGUCUAUCAGUUGCAAAGGGGAAAGCUAUAAACUUCUGAAUUUAUCAUAACCCAAAGUUGAAGCCCUUUUUGAAGAAGAGUAUGAACCUGUUAAAAUAUUUAUAAUUAUUUUUCCAUUUCCCCCUCUUGUAAGAUUUUUAGAUUCUUGCAAAUGAUUUCUGCAGGAAGGCAUAGCCACUUAGUGUCAGUUACUCCAAUGAAAGAUUUUUCUCAUUUUUACAAUAAACGUAAAGCAGCACUGUCACAAUUGAGAGAUGGGUUUGUCCUGCUGCUUUUUUCAGCACAUUUCAUCUAAAACAAUUUGCACUCUUGCAGAUUUUUUUAAUCAAUGCCUACAAACUUCCUAUUGAAUGAGAAGCUAACUUCAACCCAACUGAAAGAAUAUUCAAUUACAUUUUUUAAUAUGGAGAUUUCAUUUUCUCUUUUAUUGGUUAUUUCCCUUGAAAUACUUUAAAGGGAUUAGCUAUAAUUUUUUUUUUUUCCAGUCCUGGGGCCUGGGUGCUAUCCCUGAGUUCAUUUUGUUCAAGGCUAGCACUCUACCACUUGAGCCACAAUGUCACUUCUGGCUUUUUCUUAGGAGUUUA